AUGGCGGAUCAACUGAAAGCUACGUUUGUCCGCAAAAAUGAGCAGAACCAAGCUGCGUUUGUCGCGUUUGUAACGGCAGGUUACCCUAGCCGUGCUGAUACGGUGGAUGUACUCCUUGCUUUGGAGCAGGGCGGCGCUGAUGUGAUCGAGCUGGGUGUGCCUUUCUCGGACCCGCAAGCGGACGGCCCAGCGAUCCAGGAGAGCAACAAGGUGGCGCUCGAGCAGGGUAUUGACUACGCGCAGUGCCUCACAUACAUCAAGGAAGCUCGGGCUAAGGGCUUGAGUGUUCCUGUGGUCCUUAUGGGGUACUACAACCCGCUGCUGGCGUAUGGUGAGGCGAAAGCGGUGCAUGAUGCGCGUGAGGCUGGUGCCAAUGGCUUUAUUGUUGUUGACCUGCCGCCUGAAGAGGCUGGUGACUUCCUCAGUGCCUGCCGUAAGGACAAGAUGGCGUUUGUGCCGCUUGUGGCGCCGACUACGGAUGCGGCGCGUGUGCGCUACCUCUCGACGUUGGCCGAUGCAUUUAUCUACGUGGUGUCGAAGCUCGGUACGACGGGCGCGGCUGAUAGUGUGUCGAGCUCGCUGGGCGACUUUUUGAAGAUGAUCCGCUCGGCUACCGAUGCGCCUCUUGCGGUGGGCUUUGGCGUGUCUACGCGUGAGCAUUUCGUGGAAGUCGGUGCCCUUUCGGAGGGUGUGGUCAUUGGUAGCAAGCUGAUCCAGUGCCUCAAGGAGGCGCCUGAGACAACCAAGGCGCGUGCGGAUGCUGCGCGUGCGUUCUGUGAGUCAAUUACGGCGCACAGUGAGGGUGGUUUGUCGCGCAGCCAGGCCUUGCCUGUGCCUGCGUCGACAGAGAACAAGCCUGUGGUGCCUAGUGAAAUUGCUGACGCUGCGCGUUUCGGCGCGUUUGGUGGCCAGUACAUUCCGGAGGCAUUGAUGCAGUGCCACCGUGAGUUGGAGCAGGCGUACAACCAAGUGCGCAACGAUCCUUCGUUCUGGAAGGAGUUCCACGAGCAGUUCAACUACAUUGGCCGCCCGAGUGAGCUGUACUUGGCGGAGCGCCUCACGGAAUUUGCUGGCGGUGCGAAGAUCUGGCUGAAGCGGGAGGACUUGAACCAUACCGGCAGCCACAAAAUCAACAAUGCGAUCGGUCAGAUCCUGCUGGCGAAGCGCCUCGGCAAGACGCGCAUUAUUGCUGAGACAGGUGCAGGUCAACAUGGUGUGGCUACAGCGACGGCGUGUGCCAAGUUUGGUAUGGAGUGUGUGAUCUACAUGGGCGCGGAGGAUGUGCGUCGUCAAUCGCUGAAUGCGUUCCGUAUCCGCAUGCUUGGCGCGAAGUUGAUUGCCGUGGAGAGUGGCAGCAAGACGCUGAAAGAUGCGAUCAACGAAGCGAACCGUGACUGGGUGACCAACAUCCACAACACGCACUACCUGGUCGGCUCGGCGAUUGGCCCGCAUCCGUUCCCGACGUUGGUGCGUGACCUGCAGUCGGUGAUUGGCCGUGAGACGAAGGAGCAGUUGCAGAAGCAGGCUGGCUGCCUGCCCGAUGCGGUCGUGGCAUGCGUCGGCGGUGGCAGCAAUGCGAUCGGUAUGUUUGCGCCGUUUGUCGACGACAAGUCGGUGCGUCUGAUUGGUGUGGAAGCAGGUGGUCAUGGCCUCAACACGGAGAGCCACUCUGCGACGCUCUCGCGCGGUCACCCUGGCGUGCUGCAUGGUGUGCGUACCUACUUGCUACAGGACAAGGAUGGCCAGGUCAAGGAGACGCACUCGAUCAGUGCCGGUUUGGACUACCCGGGUGUGGGUCCGGAGCAUGCGUACCUGAAAGACUGCGGCCGGGCUGAGUACAUGGUCGCGACAGAUGCGCAGGCGCUCACCGGCUUCAAGUGGCUUACAUCGAAGGAGGGUAUCAUUCCAGCCCUGGAAUCAAGUCAUGCGAUUUACCAAGCUGUGGAGCUGGCCAAGACGAUGCACCCGGAUCAGCACGUGGUCAUCAAUCUCAGUGGCCGUGGUGAUAAGGACGUGGAGCAAAUUGCGCAGGGCCUCGCAGAAAAGGGCUGGGGCAAAGAGCUUGACUGGACGCUCCCGCCGUUGGUGUUCAAGUAG